AUGGACCGCCCGUCCGAGUCCGCGUCCGCGCUCGACGCGCGCGCCGCCUCGACCGCGUCCUCCGUUCGCCGUUUCGUGCGCAAUCAGAUCCCCGAUGAGAUCGCGAACGACCCGGCGUUGACGUCCGCGAUGCGCGUGUUACCGGAGAACUACGAUUUCGAGGUGAAGAAGACGGUGUGGCGCUUGCGGCGGGCGAACGCGCGGACGGUGGCGCUGCAGUUCCCGGAGGGUCUGUUGCUGUACGCGACGACGCUGGCGGACAUCUUUCAGACGUUUGCGAACGUGAAAGACGUGGUGAUAUUGGGUGAUGUGACCUACGGUGCGUGCUGCGUGGACGAUUACACGGCUGAGAGCCUGGGGUGCGAUUUUUUGGUGCACUACGGACACUCGUGUUUGGUCCCGGUGGACGUGACGCGAAUGAAAUGUUUAUACGUCUUCGUCGAUAUUUCGUUCGACGUCGGCCACCUGUGCGCGUGCGUGGAGAAGAAUUUCAAACACGGGUCCAAGUUGAUAUUGGCGGGGACGAUUCAGUUCGCGAGCGCAAUUCAGGAGACGAGGACGGCGCUGGUGGAGAAGUAUCCGUCGCUCGCCGUACCGCAGGCCAAGCCUUUGUCCCCGGGAGAAGUCUUGGGAUGUACGGCGCCCGUGAUCGAGGACGCGAAGGAUAGGGACGCGAUCGUGUUCGUCGCCGACGGGCGAUUCCAUCUCGAGGCGAUCAUGAUUGCCAAUCCUACCAUUCCCGCGUACAGAUACGACCCGUAUCAACGCGUGUUGACUCGCGAAGAGUACGCGCACAAGGAGAUGCGUCAGGUCCGCCGAAGCAUGGUUGAGCGCGCCAAGAGCGCGAGAUCGUUCGGCAUCGUCCUCGGAACGCUCGGUAGGCAAGGAAAUCCAGCCAUUUUGGAGCACUUGAUGUCGCUCAUGCGCGUCAAGGGUCGCGAGUAUGUCGUCUUCUUGAUCAGCGAGAUGAAUCCGGCGAAGAUGGCGUCCAUUAAGGGCGUGGACGCGUUCGUUCAGAUCGCUUGCCCGCGUCUAUCGAUCGAUUGGGGGGAAGAAUUCGACCGCCCGGUCCUGACGCCGUACGAGGCGGAGGUGACGCUCGACAACGUCGAGCCGUGGUGGCUGCUUCCGGGAGUCGCUCCCGGGGAGGAAAACACCCCGUACCCGAUGGACUACUACGCCAGAGAUGGUGGUCCAUGGAGCAGUAGCUAUCACAAACAAACCGGUAAGGGCGGGAAGCCGAAGCGCGCGGCCGUGCACAUCGAGACCACGGCGUGA